AUGCCCAUCCAGAUCUUUUGCUCUGUGUCAUUCUCCUCUGGAGAAGAGGCCCCAGGAUCCAUGGGAGAUAUCUGGGGUCCUCAUCACCACCGGCAGCAGCAGGACAGCUCAGAAUCAGAAGAGGAAGAGGAAGAGAAGGAAAAAGAGGCACUGAAGAGGGAGCUUGAUGACGGAGACUCACCUAGGGACUUGGUGGCCUUCGCCAACAGUUGUACCCUCCAUGGUGCCAGCCAUGUCUUUGUGGAAGGGGGCCCAGGGCCAAGGCAGGCCCUGUGGGCAGUGGCUUUUGUCAUAGCACUGGGUGCCUUCCUGUGCCAGGUAGGGGACCGAGUUGCUUAUUACCUCAGCUAUCCACAUGUGACUUUGCUAGAUGAAGUCGCCACCACAGAGCUGGUCUUCCCGGCGGUCACAUUCUGUAACACCAAUGCCGUGCGGUUGUCCCAGCUCAGCUACCCUGAUCUGCUCUACCUGGCCCCCAUGCUAGGGCUGGAUGAAAGUGAUGAUCCUGGGGUGCCCCUUGCUCCACCGGGGCCAGAGGCCUUCUCCGGGGAGCCUUUUAAUCUCCAUCGUUUCUACAAUCGCUCCUGCCACCGGCUGGAGGACAUGCUGCUCUAUUGUUCCUACUGUGGGGGCCCCUGUGGUCCCCACAACUUCUCAGUGGUCUUCACACGGUAUGGGAAGUGUUACACAUUCAACUCGGGCCAAGAUGGGCGGCCACGGCUGAAGACAAUGAAAGGUGGGACUGGCAAUGGCCUGGAGAUCAUGCUGGACAUCCAGCAAGAUGAAUACCUGCCUGUGUGGGGAGAGACCGACGAGACAUCCUUCGAAGCAGGUAUCAAAGUGCAGAUCCACAGCCAGGAUGAACCUCCUUUCAUCGACCAGCUGGGCUUUGGUGUGGCCCCAGGCUUCCAGACCUUUGUGUCUUGCCAGGAGCAGAGGCUCAUCUACCUGCCCUCACCCUGGGGCACCUGCAAUGCUGUUACCAUGGACUCGGAUUUCUUCGACUCCUACAGUAUCACCGCCUGCCGCAUUGAUUGUGAGACACGUUACCUGGUGGAAAACUGCAACUGCCGUAUGGUACACAUGCCAGGGGAUGCUCCAUACUGCACUCCAGAGCAGUACAAGGAGUGUGCAGAUCCUGCCCUGGACUUCCUAGUGGAGAAAGACCAGGAAUACUGCGUGUGUGAAAUGCCCUGCAACCUGACACGCUAUGGCAAGGAGCUGUCCAUGGUCAAGAUACCCAGCAAAGCCUCAGCCAAGUACCUGGCCAAGAAGUUCAACAAAUCUGAGCAGUACAUAGGGGAGAACAUCCUGGUGCUGGAUAUUUUCUUUGAAGUCCUCAACUAUGAGACCAUCGAGCAGAAAAAGGCCUAUGAGAUCGCAGGGCUCUUGGGUGACAUCGGGGGCCAGAUGGGGUUGUUCAUCGGGGCCAGCAUCCUCACAGUGCUGGAACUCUUUGACUAUGCCUAUGAGGUCAUUAAGCACCGUUUGUGUAGACGAGGGAAAUGCCAGAAGGAGGCCAAGAGGAGCAGCGCAGAUAAGGGCGUAGCGCUCAGCCUGGACGACGUCAAAAGACACAAUCCCUGCGAGAGCCUCCGGGGACACCCUGCCGGGAUGACAUACGCUGCCAACAUCCUACCUCACCAUCCUGCUCGAGGCACCUUUGAGGACUUUACCUGCUAA